AUGUUGACCUUCUAUAGAUUGAGUUUGUCUGUAGCAAAAUUAUUGAACUCAGACUUUUUACGAAAAUCUCCACAAGAACUUCUACAAGAACUUUCGCAAGAACUUUUACAAGCUCUACAAGCGUCACAAGGACUUUCACAAAAACUUUCACGAGAAUCUUUACAAAGAUAUUCGCAAGAACUAUUUGUACAAAAUCCCGAUAUCAUUGCUGUUGCUUUACCACAGACCUUACCUGAAAUUCAGGAAGAAAAAAGGCUUGCUCUUGAAAAUGAACAAUUUGAGCAGUCACGCAUGGAGUAUCAGCUUAAAAUGAAAGAGUUAGACUUAAGAAUAAUGCAAUAUAAAUCGAUUUCACAAUAA